AUGGCGAAACUCUUCGGUUUUCCAAUUAACGUCGAAGAAGACGGUGGACGUGGUGGUGGUGGUGGUAGCUCAACCAAUGCGGAGGCUUCUCGAUCUGCCAUGAACUUAUCCGCCGGCUUGCCUCAGAGAGAAACCAAUCCAUAUCCCCGUUUCUCAGAGUCUGGAUCGUCCCCUAUGGAUUCGGAAUCGAAUCUGGAGAACUCCUUCAUCGAUUUCUUCGGUAGAGAGUCGCACGAGAUCGAGACGGCCGGGCGGAAUCAGAUGCAACGUGUCUCGCGUGGUGUAGACAUGGAGGAGGAUGGGGAGAUUGAUUUAAGGCUCGGAAUCGGGUCCGGGGCUGGGUCGGGUCAGAUACGGUGUGAUUCGGUUACAGGGGAUAAGGAAACUGAUUCGGGUCGGGUCGAAGCUGGUACGGAUCUUAUUGAAGAGCUCUUUUGCGCGGAGGAGGAAGAAGGCAUGUUGAUGGCUGAUGACGAAGUACUCGAUUGGGAAUUAGAUCCUGUCCAACCUACUAGUCAUGUGGAGGAAGGAGAUGAAUUGGCGUUACCUGUUAACAACGAUGCUCUACUUGAAGAUUUUAACGAAGAAGCUCUAGACGAUUUCAUGAUGGGCGUUUUUGAAGGCAGUUCUAUUAUGGAUGUGACUUACGAAGACAUUCUAGCUAUUUUUCCUGAACCCGGUGGUGACGACCAUGUAGAUUACUUUGAUGUUUUUGUGCAACCAUUCGAUCAAGAGCCUUCGGUCAUGGCAAGUCCUCCCGCGUCCAAAAGGGUUGUUGAUGAGCUUCCUGUUGUGGAGAUCACCUCUGAGGAACUGAGCAGCGGGAACAUUGCUUGCGCGAUCUGCGUUGGUGAUUUUGUGGUGAAGGAGAAAGUUUCUAGGCUUCCUUGUUGGCAUUACUAUCAUGGAGAGUGUAUACUACCUUGGCUAGAGAUGAAGAACACAUGCCCGGUUUGUCGGUUUGAGCUUCCUACUGAUGAUCUUGAGUAUGAAAGGAAUAGGAGAGAUCAUAGAGGCUAG